AUGAUUCUGAGACGGCCGACAGGGCGAGGGCAUUGGAAAGUCCUCCGAUUCGUAAUAUUGGGCGCCGUGCUGCCGAUCGUGCUCGUCGUCCUCCCCUUGUACAAGAGGUUCAACGAGUUCAAGCGCACCCUGCACUACUUGGUCCCGUCUGACAUGAGGCUCCUCGACCAGCACGUUUCCACUGUCUGGUGCCAGGGUCAGCACCUGGAGAUGAAUGCGAGCUUCAGCGCCGCCCUCAUCCACGGGGAGCCGAAGAGGAAAGACGACCCCGUCCCCAUGAGGCUGAGGAAGCAGAUCGCCAUCGGCGACGACGUGAGGCGCUAUUGGGGGUUCUAUCUCCUCGCCGGCAGCCGAUUGACUGUUCGCGCUUGCGCGAGGUGGCCCGGAGGGCUCCUGUUGGUGAUCAAAGACACGCCGAACCUUCGCUAUUGCGCCAUAAUCGGCGAAGAGGAUUCCAUGCAAGAUGAUUCUUCACUCGAGAGUGGUCAUAAAGACACCCAUGUGGGUGUCGGCUCGGCCCAGAAAGAGAAGGAUGACCAUUUUUCCCGACUCAUGAAGAUCCUCAGUGGCAGGUUCGAUGACAGAAAUGGAACUCUAGGGGAGACGAGUCAAGAGAUCUUCCGGAUCCUCUCGGCACUGAACAAGAAUAAGCAAACGAGCGGAGAACUGGUGAGUGCCUUCAAUCUCACGCGAGAGGAAGCCCUGCCGGCUGCCGUCGAAAACGGGACUCGUUCCGAGUAUAACCUCGAAGAUCUUCGCCAUUCGAACGAGUCUGUCCCGGAGAGCGACUUGGAAGAAUCGAUUAAGGAUAAGGCCGAGGAAGAAGAUCUUCCGACGGGGACCUACGUCACGGGGCACCUGAGUCAAAACCACACCGACGACCAGUCGAAUUCCGAAUACAAGAGCUCGUUUUCGAGCAGCGAAGAAGCGUUGUUGACAUGCCGCGGCGUCCUGCUGAACCUCGACCUGGAGCCCACGCACGAAUGCACCAACUCGAACCCCCUCUGGCAUGCCAACGCCUCCGUGGAAUGGACGCAGAACAUCACGGUCGACGGCUACUAUUACGUGGUGUUCGGUUCGGAGAACGAGAUCCAGCCGAAUGCGAUCCUCUUCGAACUGGAGGUGGACCGAGUCGUGUUCGAACUGGACCAUGCGACUCCGGGAUGUCGAAACGCGACGACGUGCGACAUCCCCCUGUCCUUCUGGUCCUCGGACAAGGUGGUCGUGUGGAAGGUCCCCGCCGAGCCAGAGGACGCGCGGAAGGUCCUCGCCGAGCCGGAGGACGCGUGGGAGACGCCGUACGUGAUGGAGUCAGAGUGCAUACCCCGGCGUGCCUUGUAUGCGACCUGUGCCAUUCUCGCUCCCAUUUCCAUCCUCGCUUUCGCUGCUCGAUGA